UUAGAGAGGCGGGUGGAGAGAAGCUGCGCUCUCGCUUUCUGUGCAGGAAAGCGCUUGUGGAUCGUGCUUCCUAACUCACGCAAAAACCCGGGCUGGUCCUGGUGAGCGAGGCUCCCUCGCCAGGCACGGCAGAUGAGUUGGGGAGCGGGGGGGGGCUUGGCUUGGCUCGGCGCCCCGUUCCUGCCUCCCUCGCCCGGGCGCACACACUCCUGCAUCAUCCUCGCACAGAGAGAGGCAGCCGCGCGCUCUCGCGCCGAGGGAGAGCCGCCUUGCAGACCGCAGCGGUUCCAGCCGGAGCUUGGAGGAAAUGGGCAGGACGAGACUCUCUCUUCCAGGGCAGGCGAGCUGAGCCCCGUCUCCCCGCAGCCUCAGCACCACUUUCGAGGGACCCAGCAGGCUGGCCGGAUCGCAGGUGAUGGGCUCCGGACAUGGGCACCUUCUCCGAGAGUGAUGCCUUGCUGAGCCUGGGCUCUGUCAUCGAUGUCUCCAGCCUCCGGGAAGUCAUCAAAGAUGCCAUCGCCUCAGUGCUCCCCAAAGUGGAAAGAGUAUAUGUCUACCUCGUGGAUGGGGAAACCCGGCUGACGUGCAACGACCCACCCCAUGAGUUCCCACAGGAGGGAAAACUUGGAGAUGCCGUCCUGCAGCAGAAGAGGGUGGAUUGCAAAGGGCUGCCGCCGGCUGAGUUGCAGGGCAAGCCCAUGGUUGGCCUGGCCGCCCCGUUAGCCCCGGAUAAGCAAGUGUUGAUCAUCCCCUUGGCGGACAAGGAUGCAGGGACCGUGGUCUGUGUCAUCCUGGUACACUGCAGUCAACUCUCUGAAUCGGAUGAGCUGAACCUUCGUGCUUUAGAGAAGCACAUCCUGGUCUCCUACAAGCGCAUCCAAGCCCUGCAGAAGCUGCAGCCCUGGCCGCAGGUCAGCCUGUCCACCAGCUCGUCGCAGAAUUCUCUCGCAAAAACCGAGGGGGCUCCCAAGAACAGCUACAGCGACUUGGACCGCAAAAUCCUCCAACUGUGCGGCGAACUGUACGACUUGGAUGCAGCCUCACUCCAGCUCAAAGUUAUUAAUUACCUGAAGCAAGAGACCCAGUCGCCAUGUUGCUGCCUCCUCUUGGUUUCUGAAGACAACCACCAGCUAUUCUGCCAGGUCGUUGGAGACAAAGUGUUGGAGGAAGAGAUCAGCUUCCCUUUAACAGUUGGGCGUCUGGGGAAGGUUGUGGAGGAGAAGAAAUCGAUCACCCUGCAGGACAUCAGCUUGGAGGAGCAUAAGCAGCUGAACAGUAUGCUGGGCUUUGAGGUGACCGCCAUGCUGUGCGUCCCAGUGAUCAGCAGAGCAACCUCGCAAGUCGUGGCGUUGGCCUGUGCCUUCAACAAGCUCGGUGGAGAGAGCUACUCAGAAAUGGACGAGCACAAGAUCCAGCACUGCUUCUGCUACACCUCCACGGUGCUGACCAGCACACUGGCCUUCCAGAAGGAGCAGAAGCUGAAAUGCGAGUGUCAGGCUCUUUUGCAAGUAGCCAAGAAUCUCUUCACACACCUCGAUGACGUCUCGGUGCUGCUGCAAGAGAUCAUCACAGAAGCCCGGAAUCUCAGCAACGCCGAAAUAUGUUCUGUAUUCCUGCUGGACAGAAGCAGCCACGAACUGGUGGCCAAGGUUUUUGACGGGGGCGUGGUGGAUGAUGAGAGCCACGAAUUCCGGAUUCCGGCCGAUCAGGGCAUCGCGGGCCACGUGGCAACCACGGGGAAGAUCCUCAACAUCAAAGACGCCUAUUCGCACCCGCUCUUCUACCGCGGGGUGGACGACAGCACCGGCUUUCGCACCCGGAACAUCCUCUGCUUCCCCAUCAAAGACGAGAACCAGGAGGUCAUUGGAGUGGCUGAGCUGGUGAACAAAAUCAACGGGCCUUGGUUCAGCAAAUUUGACGAGGAUCUAGCCACCGCCUUCUCCAUCUACUGCGGCAUCAGCAUCGCCCACUCUCUGCUCUACAAGAAGGUCCACGAAGCUCAGUACCGGAGCCACCUGGCCAACGAGAUGAUGAUGUACCAUAUGAAGGUUUCAGAUGAUGAAUACACCAAGCUCCUCGACGAAGGAAUCGUGCCCGUCUCAGAAAUUGACCCGAACUUUGCCAAAUUCACCUACACCCCGCGUUCCCUUCCGGAGGACGACACGUCUAUGGCCAUUCUGAGCAUGUUGCAGGACAUGAAUUUUAUCAGCAGCUACAAAAUCAACCGCCAGACCCUUGUCAGGUUCUGCCUGAUGGUGAAAAAGGGAUACAGGGACCCUCCGUACCACAACUGGACCCAUGCCUUCUCGGUCUCCCACUUCUGCUACCUGCUCUACAAAAAUCUGGAGCUGGUCAAUUACUUGGAAGACAUCGAAAUCUUUGCUUUGUUCAUCUCCUGCAUGUGCCACGACCUGGACCACAGAGGCACCAACAACUCCUUCCAGGUGGCUUCGAAAUCGGUCUUGGCUGCCCUGUACAGCUCAGAAGGCUCAGUAAUGGAGAGGCACCAUUUUGCUCAGGCCAUCGCCAUCUUAAACACCCACGGCUGCAACAUCUUUGAUCAUUUCUCUCGGAAGGAUUACCAAAGGAUGCUGGACUUGAUGAGAGACAUUAUCCUGGCUACAGACCUUGCUCACCACUUGAGGAUCUUCAAAGACCUCCAGAAAAUGGCAGAAGUUGGCUAUGACCCCAAAAACAAGCAGCACCACAGCCUCCUGCUCUGCCUUCUCAUGACCUCGUGCGACCUCUCGGACCAGACCAAAGGCUGGAAGACCACCCGCAAGAUCGCGGAGUUGAUCUACAAGGAGUUCUUCUCCCAAGGAGAUCUGGAGAAGGCCAUGGGCAACCGGCCGAUGGAGAUGAUGGACCGGGAGAAAGCCUACAUCCCAGAGUUGCAGAUCAGCUUCAUGGAGCACAUUGCCAUGCCCAUCUACAAGGUCCUCAACGACCUCUUCCCCAAGUCGGCCGAGCUGUACGAGAGGGUGGCUAGCAACCGGGAGCACUGGAUGAAGGUCUCGCACAAGUUCACCAUCCGGGGCCUCCCCAGCAACAACUCCCUGGACUUUCUGGACGAGGAAUACGACCUGCAAACGAUGGGUGAGAACAACGGCCUCAAGAUGAACGGGUGCCUGGACUCGGAAGACGGGCACAUGGAGGCAGAAUGACGCCCCCAGGCACCUCCCCGCUUGGGGAGGCAUCCGGACACACACAAGUGCAACUUUGCAACCCUUUUCCCUUCCGGGAAAACAACGGGGCUGAUUUUGGAAACAAACAAAAAAAGGGGGUUCUUCUUAUUUAUAUAUACAAUGUGCUCUCCCUGCCGCAGGCAUCUCCUUCCAUUGUCACCCACCUCCCUCUCCCCACUCUCCAUGCUCCUCCUGCCAGACACCUACACCUCACCCCACCCCCACUGCAACACCUCGCAGACCGGCUUCCUCCAUGAGGACUAGGAGCCUGCCAGCUUGCUGUCGUUUCUAAGCUUCCUUGCGCAGUUGAGUGGGAUGAAUGCACGACACACACACCCCGCCCCACACCACCCAACCCACUUGACUCACCCGCUCAUCGUCAGCGUCUGGUCAGGCAAAGUCAUCUUUGGGUAGCCUGGUGAGAUGUGCGUGUGUUCCCCAACUCUGGUAGCACAGUCGUUUAGGGCUUUAAAUGCUAAAUGUGAUCAGCAACAGGUAAAACUGCCCCGGCAGAAUGCAGCCCACCUCACACACCCCCUCUCCUAUACCCAGAAAUGCAAUUCCUUCUCAUAGUCAAGGCUGAGAGCUGUUUCACAUGGAACUACUGUCUUGCGCCUCUGGUCCCACACACUCAGUAAUGCCCACACUGGCUGGCAGUGACCCACCCAAGGGUCUACCUAGAGAUGCCAGGGUUGAACCUGGCACUUAGACUUGCCCCCCGCUGCCAAAGGAGAAACACAGAAUUGCAGAGUUGGAAGAGACCCUGACAACCAGCUAGUCCAACGUUCCCCAAAUUUGGGUCGCCAUCUUUUUUUUGGACUACAACUCCCAUCAUCUAGGCAGGACCAGUGGUCAGGGAUGAUGGGAACUGUAGUCCAAAAACAGCUGGAGAUCCAAGUUUGGGAAAUCCUGUUCUGGCCCAAUUCUAGGCUUGAAAGGACACCUUUCUCUUUCGGUAUUCUGAACCGAACCAGCCAGGUCUGUAGUCGAAGGAGAUCCAUCCACCCCUUUAGCAAAUCGUGGUUCACUGAGUUCAGGCUUCCAGUUUCUUCUCCCUCUUCUUUUGAAACAUCGUGUUCUCCUUCCUGGCAUUGGACCUUCAGGUUGCUAAGCCGUUCGGAGUACAGGGCCCCAACAGUCGAGUCAGUGAUGGGCUGCCUCCUCUUCCACCCUAGGCAGCUCUCGAAAUAAUUCGGAGUUCUGAGGUUAAUUUCCCAGGCAUCCUCUUCAUCCCCGGAAAGGUAUUGCUGUUCCUGGAUUGGGUCCAGAACAAGCUUCCGGUGCCUGGCAGGCCCUGAAUUGCACGACGCCGUGGGAGCAGUAACGGGGGUCCUGUUGGCAAUUUGAAACCUUUAUGGACUGGGCUGCGUGUGCUUGUGGGGCAGGGUGUUAGCAGGUUAUGGGGAAAGCAAGAGUUUGCUGGAGAAUACAAAGCUCAGACCGGGAAAACAAUGCAGGAAACUUGCUACUUAAGCAGGUGCAUAAAAACAAAACCAUGGUUUGGCUUAGCAUGCCAUCCAAACCCAGGAUCUUGGCUAAGGCGUUUCGUCCCUGGGGAUGGGCGAGUCUGACAAUUCCAGCUUCUCUUAAUUUCUCAUUCCCCCCAAUCUUAAAUUCCCUGCAUUUCCACAUCAGUUUGCAAUACCGUCCUCGUGAAAAGCCAUCGCCAUUUCAGCGCAGAUCACACACACACCCCUGUGAAUAUUUUUGUACGCAAUUUUGCCUAACGUGCACUUUUGUAAAUUAUUUUCACCGAUAUACACAUUUUGAAGCGCACAUCGCCUGAGCAUGGGGAUCUUUGUACGCAACGCUUGGCUGGAGAGCGGAUCUGCAAAAUUCAGAGAAGUGCAGAUUUCGAAAGGCAGCUGUGCUUCAGUUUAUGUAUCGCUUCGGAAACUGUAAAUUAAGUAGAUUCACCUUGCAAUGUGAAUUGAAUUUCUCCCUCACCCCUGCUCACCCAUAACCACAAUCUAUAGCCAAGUUUUGACCUAUGGUUACAGGUUGUUAAGGUGGAGAGAUCUCAACUAUUGUCCCAGCUUCAGAUGACGCACUAAGCCAAAUGCAAAGGCAACUGGUGUUCGGAAGCAUCACUGCCUCUAACCUUGCAGGCAGACCACAUCCAUCGAGGCUAGUGGUUAUUGAUAGCUGUCUCCACGAAUUUGUCCAAUCCUCUUUUAAAGCCAUCUAGGAUAGUGGUCGUUGUUGCCUCCUGUGGCAGGGAGUUCCAUAGAUAACUAUCCAACACCCAAAUAUGGCUGGGACUUCUGGGUUGAGGAAUGUCAGGCUCAAAGAAGGGGUGUGAUUUCAUAGAAACAUAGAAAUGUGAAUUCAGGAGGGACCCCCCCAGGGCCAUCUAGUCCAACCCCCUCCAAUGCAGGAAUUUCAACUGGAUCCUUCAUGACAGAUGGCCCUCUAACCUCUGCAUAAAAACCUCCCAGGAAGGAGAUGGCCACCAGGUCUUGUGGGAGACAGUUCCACUGUCAAACAGCUCUUGCCAUCAGAAAGUUCUUCCUGAUGUUGAGUCAGACUCUCCUUUCUUGUAACUUGAAGCCAUGGGUUCCGGUCCUACCCUCCAGAUCAGGAGAAAACAAAGUUGCUCCAUCUUCCAUGCGACAGCCCUUGAGAUAUUUGAAGAUGGUUGUCAUAUCUCCUCUCAGUCUCAGUCUCUUUUCCAGGCUAAACCUUUACCCAGCUCCUUCAACUGUUCCUCAUCAGGCUUGGUUUCCAGACUCUGGAUCAUCUUGGUCACCUUCCUCUGUACACUUUCCAGCUUGUCAACAUCCUUCUUAAAUUGUGGUGCCCCAAAAUGGACACAGUAUUCCAGGUGUGGUCUGACCAAGGCAGAAUAGAGUUGGACUAUGACUUCCCUUGACCUGGACACUAGACUUCUGUUGAUGCAGCCUUGAAUAGCAUCAACAGAACUGAUAGCCUCCUCCAUGAAUUUGUCUGAUCCUCUUUUAAAGCCAUCUAGGUUCAUGGCCAUCGCUGCCUCCUGUGGCAGUGAGUUCCAUCGUUUAACUAUCCAGCACCCAAGUACAGCUGGGACUUCUGGGUUGAAGGAUGCCAGGCUAAAAGAAGAAGGGGUGUGAUUUGCAUUCCUGAUGCUGCUGAAGGCCUUUUGCGCUCACUAAAUUGCCAUUUCGAAAGCCGCUUGGCAGAGAAUCUCAGGACGAGGAGCAAAGUCAGAGAAGCAUGUUGCAGCAGUGCUAAGGAAGCAUGAUUCACACCCUCUCCCUCUUUCUCUUAAAAGUGAUGGGCAGAGUGAUGUUUCCCUGCUUGAGUCUCCACUCUGGACCAAACACAAGAGCAAAGUCAUGAAUAGCUGGAAAUGAUAGCUGUAGGGUGCCACUCCUGAAAACUUGUUUAAGAACCUAAGAUGAACCUGCUGGACCAGACCGAUGGCCCAUCUAGUCCAGCACCCUCUUCUCACAGUGCCAGCCAGGCGCGGGCAGGAUUCAAACUCAAGAGCAAUUCCCUCCCCUCCUGCAUUUGCCAGCAGCCGGUGGUUUGCGCCAGUGCCCAAAGCACAUGAGUGGGUUCCCUUCAAAAUACCAAAUUUUAAAAACCAGGUCUCCGCUGAAACUGGCCUUGCUUUGGGAAAGUUUUGUGGGCACUGAAAACCACCUCCCCUGCUUUCUUUGCAUCUAUCUGCGCCAAAGAUGUUGGCACUUCUCCAAACCACCUCCCUUCUCCUCGUGUGCCCCUCUCUGCCUGCUGGCGAUACGGCGGUUCAUGUGUCUUUUUUUUUGCCAAGGCGUUUGCAAAGAAAGUCCUGUGGCUUACCUGGGCCAUGGAGGUUCGAUCACAGUGUGGGAAUAUGAGGCCGAGAACCACCUCGAGGGAAAAGAGAGGGAACAUGGCACGGAGAAGGAGCAUAAAUGGGCACCGGCCGAGUUUUUUGGCAGCGUCAUAGAAUUUGUCUACUUGGAAGGGCCCCCUAAUACUCAUCUAGUCGUACCCCUUGCAAAGCAGGAACGAGCUACUUUCAAAUGAGCUGUUUUCAAAAAGGGUAUCAAAGUCAGAGAGUGGGGUCUCCUUCUCCUUCGCUUGAAGAAGAGAAAGCCCCCUUCCAUAGCCAUCAUGUUUGAAACUCUGGAUAUUCUGAAUCACAGAGUUGUAGAGCUGGAUGGGGCCUCCAGAGGCCACGUAGUCCAACCCCCUGCAAUGCAGGAAUGUCAAAGUUCACAUUCUCAAUCGGACAUUUGAGCUCUGUCCCUUGACAACGUCAUCUUUACAGCCUCGAGCAUUAACGCGCUAGACCAGUCUUUGUCCACCAGGACUACAACGACCAUCGUCCUCAGCCAUCCCCUCUGCGCUGGCAGGGGCUGAUGGGCGUUGUAGUACAUAGCACCUGGAGGGCGCCUGGUUGGCAAAUGGAUGCCCACGUUAUCUCUCUGGCCUGUUUCAUUUUGCACUCGCGCACGGUCCCUUUUGCAACGCGGCUCACACGAAUCUUUGCUGAGAUUUCCUUGGCUUUCUGCAUCGGCCGGUUCCUGUCAUCACUGCCAGUUUCUAUCUUUGGGAAAAACGGGUCUUUUUCGGUAUCAGUCCUCUCUCACUCAAAGACCAACGCAAGGGCUCCCGAGAACCAUUCAAGUGUUACACAUUUAUUACAAAAUAAAAAUAAUAAUAAAAAUGGCGGUCCUCUGCCCCUCCCUGCCUCCCCGCGAGUGACAGGAGUGUCUGUGCGAAUCCUGCUGCAUAGUUGUCCUGUAUUUAACAAGAACAAGACAAAGAGGAACACCGAGGUGUCCUGUGUGACACUGGUGUUUGCCCAUUGCGGCCAUAUCCUUACUGGUUUUAAUGUGGGUGGGUGUGUUGUCACGUGUGUGUGUGUGUGUGUGUGUGUGUCUGCAGAUAUAUAUAUACACAAUAUAUAUCCCAACAUGUAGAUACUGUUUGAGAGAGUCAGGUCAGUAGGGAUAUUCUCUUUGCGUGGGGCGGGGGGGACCGUGUUAAAAAAUAUUUCCAAUUUGCUUUCCUGUCUUUUCUUAAUGAUAGUUGAUUCAUUCUGGGUUUUUGGGGAGGGGGGCUGGGCUGCCUCCUUUUCCUCCCCUGAAUAGAUGUGAAGGGGCAAAAACGAGGAUUCUCUUUUCCUAAUAAAUUUCAUAUGCAGA